AUCCGAACUCUCUUCUUGUACCAAUCUGCAGCCACCAUCAUCAUGGAUGAGAUCGCCCCCGAGUACGAUGUCGUGGUUCUAGGAACUGGCCUCACUGAAUGUGUGCUUUCCGGUGUGCUGAGUGUCAAGGGCAAGAAGGUCCUUCACAUCGACCGCAAUGACCACUACGGAGGCGAAGCGGCAUCUGUUAACAUCGAAGCGCUCUUCAAAAAAUAUGGCAACACCGCGGGCGAGCCAUGGAAGAAGUACGGCCGAGUCAAUGACUGGAACAUCGACCUCGUCCCCAAGUUGCUCAUGGCCAACGGCGAAUUGACCAACAUUCUCGUCUCGACCGAUGUCACACGCUAUCUCGAGUUCAAACAGAUUGCCGGCAGUUAUGUCCAGCAGGGCCAGGGCGCCAAGGCCACUGUUGCCAAAGUGCCCUCGGACGCAGGAGAAGCCCUCCGCUCGCCUUUGAUGGGGCUGUUCGAAAAACGACGCGCGAGGAACUUCCUGGAGUGGAUUGGUGCAUACAAAUCGGAUGAUCCUUCAACACACAAGGGUCUUGAUGUGAACAACAUCACCAUGAAAGAUGUUUACGAUAAGUUCGGUCUAGAGGCUACAACACGAGACUUUGUGGGUCACUCAAUGGCCUUGUACCAAACAGACGAGUACAUCAACGCCAAAGGCAUGACCAACGAUGCUAUUGAGCGUAUCAGGUUAUACGUCAAUUCGAUGGCUAGAUACGGCAAGUCUCCUUACAUCUACCCACUUUACGGUCUCGGAGAACUCCCUCAAGGUUUUGCUCGUCUUUCCGCUAUCUACGGGGGUACAUACAUGUUGAACACGGAUGUCGAUGAGUUCACAUAUGAUGGCUCCAAGGUAGUAGGUAUCAAAGCCACCAUGAAAGAGAAGGGGGACGAUGGCCCUGGCAUGAAGUUUGAGACUAAGGCCAAGAAGAUCCUGGCAGACCCCUCUUACUUCCCUGGAAAGGUCCGCGUAACUGGUCACCUCAUCAAGGCCAUCUGUAUCCUCAACCACCCAAUCGCGAGCACAGACAACUCUGACUCGCUACAAUUGAUUAUCCCUCAAUCCCAAGUCGGACGCAAACACGACAUAUACAUUGCUGUCGUCUCUUCCGCGCACAACGUUUGCCCCAAGGGUUACUACAUUGCCAUUGUUUCCACCAUCGCCGAAGGCGACAGCAACCACCACCUUGAGCUCCAGCCUGGUCUCGAUCGUCUUGGCAAGAUAGAGGAGCAGUUCUUGGGUCCUCCAAUCCCUCUGUACGAGCCAGUAGAAGGUGGCCAGAACGACAAUAUCUUCUUGUCCAAGAGCUAUGACGCCACGAGCCAUUUCGAGACCACGACCGAUGACAUCAAGGACAUUUAUCGACGUGCCGAGGGCCAUGAGCUUGUGGUCGAAGGUCUGAGGGAAGGUCAAUUCAACGUUGAAGAAUAAUCGGAAUGAUGCAGGUGUGACAAACGCAAAAUCAGUUUUGAAGGGACGUUUGUUGGUAUCCCGCAGGCGCGAGCCACGGACUUCGGUUCAUUGAGAUGCAUAUAUAUAUCCUAUGAACAAUUGUCGAACAACACAGCUCUUUCUCUGGCGUGUGAAAGCCUUACAUCUACCCCAUGAUUUAAGGAAACCUCCCAAGCUUUCCACCCAUACUUGAAACUUGCCCACAUAUCCUCGGUACCGGGUUUUAUAGCUCACUAUGUCCCU